UGCUUCUGAACUUAGACGAUGGCUUCUUCGUAUCUUCGCCGGAAAUGUGAUGAUCACUGGCCAAGAUUGUCUUCCACCACUCCCCGGCGUUUUCUCAAGGUUAUUUCAGACGACACUUCCAGAGACAGAAAGCUCGGGAUUCCAAAGAGCUUUUUGGAUAAAUAUGGAGAAGAUCUAUCAAAUCUAGUAUACUUUAAGCUCCCAUGUGGUCCAGAAUGGGAAAUAGGACUCACAAGCUACAAUAAAGAGGUUUGGUUUAGGAAAGGCUGGCCAGAGUUCUCUAAGUUUCACUCUCUUGAGAAAGGCUACUCGCUACUUUUCGGGUAUGAAGGGGAUUCUAGGUUUCAGGUUUCCAUAUUUGAUGGAAGCAACAACAUGGAGAUUGACUAUACCACAAGAAUGCUCGAAAGUGAAGAAGGUGAUCAAGAUGAUGAUAUAUCUCUUGAGAUCUCAGAGGAUGUUCGACGAACUGCUCUGUCUCACAAGAAAAACAGAACAGUUUUGAGUCCUAAAGCAGAAAUCAAUGUCAAUUUUGAGGAGCGUGUGAAGAAAGAGACACAUUGGUCAAAAUCAGAAAUGAAAACAGGGAAACACGAUUUUCCAGCGAAAAGAGAUGGGGGAGGCACAUCAAGCACUCAAAGAUGCCGAAAACAGACACCAAGAGUUUUUGGGAGAGCUAAAUCUUACAAGCGUUCUUUCAAAGUUCCCAUGCAUAGCUCUUAUAUCAUUCAAAAUUUUUUGUGGCUGCCUAAAACGUUUGUCCAGACACAUCUUCUUAAGCAGCCUAGUAAUGCUAUACUUCAAGUUUCGGGUGGAAGGAAAACUUGGCCUGUUAAAUUGACAUAUGAAGAAACAAAAGGAAGAGCCAAAUUUCAGUCUGGUUGGACUGACUUUGUGAGAGACAAGAAUUUAAAAGAUGGAGAUGUGUGUGAGUUUGUGUUGAUUGACAGCAACAGACUUGUAUUUGAAGUUAGGAUAAAUACUGCAAAUCGCACCUUAUCACCAGACAUUGAUGAUGGUGAUGCUGAGGAUGAUGAAGAUGAAGAUGAAGAGGAUAGUGAUGAUGAAUCAAUUGAAAUCUUGGAUCAUUUUCCACCUCAUCUCAAAAGAAAGGAGAAAUCUCCAUUGGCAUCCAAGAUUCAUAAGACAAUGAGACCCAGUUCCAGAACUCAAAAAUUCCCUGAAGGAGGACCUGAGGUUCCUAGGAAGAUGCCUGGUCCUGUUAUGGCAAGUUCUGGAAAAUACAUAGCUCUUCAGAGAGCUAAUGGUUUCAAAUCUGCAAACCCUGAUUUCAGGAUUUCAUUACAUUCCUCCUAUAUCACUGGACAUUAUUUGUAUUUGCCAGCCAAGUUUGCCAAUAGAUAUCUUGUUAAGCAGCCUAGACAUGCCAUCCUUCGGGUUGCAAGUAAAAGAACUUGGUCUGUCAACGUACGUUAUGCUGCAGCAAGAACCACAUUCCAAACUGGUUGGUUUGAAUUUGUGCAAGAUAAUGAUUUGAAAGAGGGUGAUGCUUGUAUUUUCAUGUUAACCGACAACAUCAAGGUUGUAUUUGAUGUUGUCUUUUUCCGAGCCACAUAGAAGCUACAUAGUUCACCUGGUCCCCUGCAGGUAAGUAAAUCUGCUGGGGUAGUGAAUAUGUGCUCCAUCAAGUCUGCCAUUUUUGUUCUUUUCUUUUUCGUUUCAGGGGAAACCGACCCAAGGAUGAAAUCAAGUCGAAAAGCAUCUCUAUCGUGUUUUGAUUUGUCUUCCCUAAAUUGAUGUUCUGAUCUUAUUGCUCUGUAGGAGGUCUAGUGCUGGUGUUUUGAAAUCCAACUUGGAACAGUUUAUCUGAAAAUGCAUUAAGCUAGUACUAGGAAAUGCCUUUACUCUUUUCAGUAAAUAUAAAUCUUAAUGAUCUCAAUUAUGCUCCUUCAGUCUCACAUGAUGAGUACUUUGUCAUGAUAGUAUUCAACUUUAUAUCAACCAAAUUUUCUGGUGGCUGGUAUGCAUUUGCUAAAGGAAUUAGUGCUCUUUUGUGGGAACGUUAUGUUGCAUGUAUGAGCUGCGUUGAGAAA